CACUUGCAACCACCUUUUUAACAUUUGUGUUAAACCUGGCUUUUGCUUUGAGUGUUCUGGGGUUCCUGAUCAUGCACAUUUCAUUGGUUUCUGCUAAUACAACCACCAUUGAGGCAUAUGAGAAGAAAACCACUCCAAAAUGGAAGUUUGAUCUGGGCCGGAAGAAGAAUUUUGUUCAGGUUUUCGGAACUGACAAGAGAUACUGGUUCAUCCCCACAUACUCUGAGGAGGAUUUACGAAGAAUGCCGGCUCUACAGGGCCUCGAGUAUCCAACUAGGCCCGAUUUGGAUAAAUGGAAGUGUUCACGGUGAUCUAAUAGCACCUAAUCAUUUAGCACCUUUCGAAUGUUGGCGGCUUCAACACUCCGAUAUGUGCAUAAGGUAACUUAUUUAAAGAAUUAUUCGUAAAUUUUUUGAACUGUUUUGCUGACACGGAAAUUAAAAAGGAAUAGUUCCAGGGUUGUACGGUUUUAAGAAUGGUUCGGUUGAGUUGUAAAAUGUUGUUGAUGUAUUUAGUUAAUAUAUGGUGAGGUAAGCUUGUAGGGUUUAAACUUGCUUCAAACUUGUUGAAUUUUAGUUUUAGUGAUAUUGUUGUGUGUACCUUCAGAUCCAAGUCUCUCUUUUUGCUUGAUAAAGGCCACAAUUGUGGAUAAAA